AAUGUUUCAGCUCAGAGAAAUCGAAACUACACUGCUGUCGAACUGUUGUGAGUGUAUCUCCAUCUGUGAGUCCGUGCAGUAAAAUGGCAGAAACCAGUGUUUCUUUAGCUCAGGAUCAGUUCAGCUGUUCAAUCUGUCUGGAUCUACUAAAGGAUCCAGUGGCCAUUCCCUGUGGACACAGUUACUGCAAGAACUGCAUUACAGACUGCUGGAAUAAUGAAGAUCAGGAGGAAGUUUACAGCUGCCCUCAAUGCAGACAGACCUUCACUCCAAGACCUGUUUUAUGUAAAAGCACUAUGCUGGCUGAAGUGGUAGAAAAACUAAAGAAGACAAAAGUCCAAACAGCUCGUCCUGCUCAGUGUUCCACUGGAUCUGGAAAUGUGGAGUGUGACAUCUGUACUGGGGACAAAAACAAAGCCAUCAAGUCCUGUCUGGUGUGUCUGGAAUCUUACUGUCAAAAUCAUCUUGAACGUCAUGAAGAAUUUCACUCUGGAAAGCGACACAAAAUGACUGAUGCCACUGGACAACUGCAGGAGAUGAUCUGCCCUCAACAUGAUAAACUGCUGGAGAUUUUCUGUCAAACUGAUCAGCAGUGUAUAUGUUAUCUCUGUAUGUUGGAUGAACACAAAAACCAUGAAACUGUAUCAGCUACAGCAGAGAGGACUGAGAAACAGAGACAAUUGGGUGAAAUGCAGAGAAAAUAUCAGGAGAGAAUCCAGGAGAGACAGAAGGAACUUGAGGAGCUGAAAGAGGCUAUAGAGUCUCACAAGCGCUCUGCACAGGCAGCAGUGGAGGACAGUGAGAGGAUCUUUACUGAGCUGAUCCGCUCCAUUGAGAGAAGGCGCUCUGAGGUGACACAGCUGAUCAGAGAUCAGGAAAAGGCUGCAGUGAGUCGAGCUGAAGGACAACUGGAGCAACUGGAGCAGGAGAUUGAAGAUCUGAGGAGGAGAGACGCUGAGCUGGAGCAGCUUUCACACACAGACAAUCACAUCCAUUUUCUCCAGAGUUUCCAGUCUCUCUCAGUUCCUCCUGGAUCUACAGACUCGCCCAGCAUAACUGUCAGUUCUCAUCUCUCUUUUGAUGAUGUUGGUAAAUCUGUGUCUCAUCUGAGAGAAAAACUGGAGAAUUUCUGCAGAGAGGAGAUAGAAAAGAUUCAUGAUAAAGCAAAAUACAUUGAGAUCAUUCCCACCCCUGAAUACAAGACAAGGAACGAGUUUCUACAGUAUUUCUUCCCGUUCAGAGUGGAUUCAAACACGAUACAUAAAAACCUCCGUCUGUCUAAGGGGAACAGAGUGAUAAAAUACACUUCUAAAGAACAGAGGUAUCCUGAUCACCCAGACAGAUUUGACACUGUGGAGCAGGUGUUGUGUGAAGAGAGUGUGUGUGGACGCUGUUACUGGGAGGUUGAGUGGAGUGGUGAUGUGGACAUAUCAGUGUCAUUUAAGAGCAUCAGCAGGAAGGAAAGGGGUGAUGAUAAUGAUGACAGUUGUGACACAUGUGAGUUUGGACGUGAUGAUCAGUCCUGGAGUUGGUUAUGCUCUGACUCUCGUUGCUCAUUCUGGCAUAAUAACAAAGAGACUGAACUCCCUGUAGUCUCCAGCUCCUCUAGAAUAGGAGUGUAUGUGGAUCACAGUGCAGGAACUCUGUCCUUCUACAGCGUCUCUGACACAAUGACCCUCAUUCACAGAGUCCAGACCACAUUCACUCAGCCUCUCUAUGCUGGGUUUGGGAUUUAUGGUGACUCAGUUGUGAAACUGUGUGAGAUAUCAAAAGCUGUUGAGUUGCUGUAUGUAUCUGUGUUUAGUAAAAUGGCAGAAUCCAGUGUUUCUUUGGCUCAGGAUGAGUUCAGCUGUUCAAUCUGUCUGAAUGUACUGAAGGAUCCAGUGACUAUACCCUGUGGACACAGUUACUGUAUGAGCUGUAUUACAGACUUCUGGGAUCAAAAGGGAGUCUGCAGCUGCCCUCAGUGCAGACAGACCUUCACUCCAAGACCUGUUUUAGGUAAAAACACCAUGCUGGCUGAAGUGGUGGAGAAACUCAAGAAGACAAAACUCCAAGCUGCUCGUCCUGCUCAGUGUUCCACUGGAUCUGGAAAUGUGGAGUGUGACAUCUGUACUGGGGACAAAAACAAAGCCAUCAAGUCCUGUCUGGUGUGUCUGGAAUCUUACUGUCAAAAUCAUUUAAAGCAUCAUGAAGAAUUUCACUCUGGAAAGCGACACAAAUUGACUGAUGCAACUGGACAACUGAGGGACAUGAUCUGCCCACUACAUGAUAAACUACUGGAGAUUUUCUGUCGUACUGAUCAGCAGUGCAUAUGUUAUAUGUGUAUGGUAGAUGUACACAAAGACCACAACACUGUAUCAGCUGCAGCAGAGAGAACUGAGAAACAGAGACAUCUGGAGGAGACACAGAGAACAAACCAGCAGAGAAUCCAGGAGAGACAGAAGGAACUUAAGGAGCUGAAAGAGGCUGUAGAGUCUUACAAGCGCUCUGCACAGGGAGCAGUGGAGGACAGUGAGAGGAUCUUUACUGAGCUGAUCCGCUCCAUUGAGAGAAGCCGCUCUGAGGUGACACAGCUGAUCAGAGAUCAGGAAAAGGCUGCAGUGAGUCGAGCUGAAGGACAACUGGAGCAACUGGAGCAGGAGAUUGAAGAUCUGAGGAGGAGAGACGCUGAGCUGGAGCAGCUUUCACACACAGACAAUCACAUCUGUUUCUUCCAGAGUUUCCAGUCUCUCUCAGUUCCUCCUGCGUCUACAGACUCACCCAGCAUCACUGUCAUUUCUCUUCUGUCUUUUGAUGAUGUUGAAAAAUCUGUGUCUCAUCUGAGAGAGAAACUGGAGCAUUUCUGCAGAGAGGAGAUAGAAAUGUUAUCUGGUAGAGUGAAAAACAUCAACAUCAUUCCCACCUCUGAACCUGAGACCCGUGAGGAAUUCCUCAAAUAUUGCUGUCAGCUCACUUUGGAUCCAAAUACAGUGAAUAAAAACCUGGUACUCUCUGAAGAGAACAGAGUGAUUGAAUACACUCGUGAAGAACAGCCGUAUCCAGAUCAUCCAGACAGAUUUGAUGGUUUUCCUCAGGUGUUGUGUAGAGAGAGUGUGUGUGGACGCUGUUACUGGGAGGUUGAGUGGAGUGGUUGGGUGGGUAUAUCAGUGUCAUAUAAGAGAAUCAGCAAGAAGGGACGGGGAAAGGAGUGUGAGUUUGGUUGUAAUGAUCAGUCCUGGAGUUUGUACUGCUCUGACUCCGUCUGCUCAUUCUGGCACAAUAACGGUAGGACUGCACUCCCUGUAGUCUCCAGCUCCUCUAGAAUAGGAGUGUAUGUGGAUCACAGUGCAGGAACUCUGUCCUUCUACAGCGUCUCUGACACAAUGACCCUCAUUCACAGAGUCCACACCACAUUCACUCAGCCUCUCUAUGCUGGGUUUUGGGCUAACAAAUAUUUGAAAGGACUAAUGUUUUUCUUUUCAAAAGCGACAGUCUGUGAUCUCACAAUAUAGAUGGUACAAACUUUCUACAAAUAAUAUCGUGAGAGAUAUUUGCAAGAUAUCAUAGCCAUGUUUUGAAUUUCAACAUUUAUUCUUGUUUACUCCAAAUAUUAUCAGUACAAUAAUAAUUGAUUUAUUCACUGAUUUCAUUGAUCACUUGCAAUGAUGCUUGUUAUUUGUUAUGUAUGAAAUUGUCUUUUAAAUGGAAAUAACUGCAUUUAAAUAAACUGUGUUGAAUAACAUCACAUCCAUUUG